UUCUCUCUUGGCUUGAUUAACUAUAGAACCUGUGCGAGAAUGUACGGUAUAUACGCGAAUCCACAAUGCAAACGUUGUAAUAUAUAUAUCUUACGGUUUCUAGAACUACCGUGUAUUUUGGGAAAAAACUGGUCUUGAUAGCAAUUAACUUUCGAAGCGCAGGAAAUAUAAAACACAAUUAGUUGGAAUAUAUCUACAAAGUUUUAGACAUUCGUUCAUUGUGAAACAUGAUAAAAAGUCAGUCGGACGCGUCCUUCUUCAAAAAUGGUAGUGGAGACGAGGAUAUUCCUUCUGGAAUCAGCACACCAGAGCGACCACCAAAAGUUAGAAAUGGCAUGGUGGACCGGGAUGGAAUGAGAAAGAACUGGAGUUUUUGGCAACAGAGAAUAGACAACCACCAGAUUGAUAGACUUAUAAACCCGUUCAGUGAGUUCUGGGGCGAAAACAGAGACAAGUACAUUGAUGUUUUACAAAAUUCCAGGGCUGUCUGGAAGGGCGCAGACAAACGGACAAAACUUACAAAAGCAGACGACAAAUACGGUCGGCCGGUCGAGGGAACUUUAACAGAAUAUCGUGGAAAUAAAGCGAAAAAUUUCAUUGCAAAUAAUAUAGUUGAAUGCUGUGACACCAUACGAACAUGUGGUGUACAAAAAGCAGACGGCACCUGGGAAGUUAAGUUUGGGAUUUUAUUCAAAGCUUACGAGAGGAUUAACGACAAACUUGUGGGACUUUUGGUUCGAGCCAGACGACAUGGACUGUUGGACUUUCCAGGAGAGAUGUUAUAUCAAAGACAAGAUGAUGACGUCAUAAUCAAAUUAUACAAAGUGCCAACAGUAGAUGAGUUAAAUUUAAGGUAUAUAGAUUUUCAGAAAGAGCGGGAGGAAUUAAACAGUGAAAAAGACAGUGCCCAGUGAUAACAAACUCGUGCAUGGACCAUGCUAACCAAAUCAGUUCCUCAGUCAAGCGUCCAUAUAGUUUCGAAUUCCAUACGGAGAACUUUAUUUCAAAUUAUAUCACUUUAAAGACACUGGAUUUAUGGUUCUUAUCAGGGAUUUUUAAAACCAGAAAUGGAUUAAAUAAAAACUGAAGGAAGAAAAUGUGAUACGCAUUUGUAAGAAGUUGUGAUUUAUGUUUUCGCUUUUUUUUUUGUUAGGAAUCUGUCGAACAUUUUUCAUUUACAUUUUCUCAUUUUCUCGAACUUAUGAUUUAUGACAUUUUGAAAUCGUACACAUUUUUUUACGGUUAAUGUUUAAUGCUAAAGAAGAAAUUGUAACUUGUUUGUUGCCUCUUUAAUCUGUAGAAAAACUAGAUCUCUGGUAUUUGUAAAAUAUUAGUUUUGAUGCCAUAGAUCUGUAUAUCAGUUAUAUAAGAUUAUCUAUUAUGAUAAUCAUGGUAUUGAUAUUAUUUAUCUACACACGGCCUUCGGCCUCCGUGUCCGAAUGGUUAAGGUCAUAGGCUUCGAAUCACUCGACACCAAUGUGGAUUCAGAUCUCGCAUGAGCUUACGGAAGCUAGGUACCCUUAGGAUCUAUAAUUGAAUCAGUGUAUUGUUGAAACCCAAGAAAAAAGCAAAACUUCCGAGAUAGCGUUAUGUGAUAGAUUUUUUUCUAUGUCACGUGUGUGUAGGUAAGGAAAACAUGUGUUAAUUGAUGUAAAUGUGUAAAAGGUAUUAUAACAUGAGACUUUUAAAUUAAUAUUAUAUUUCCAUUUUGCGUUUCAUUGCCGGAGUCGGAAGAAAUCUCUCUCACACAAAACUGCUAUUUUACUACUAAGACAAAACCAGUCCCAAUAAAAUUGCAAGACGCACGACCUUUAAUUUGAACGUGUAGAACAAAACACUUUCCAUAAAAAUAAUAAUUUAAAAAUGGGAAGGGAUGGUCGUACUUGCUCAAAAACACGGGAAACGUUUUGUCUUCCUUAAUUUUUCAGUCUUUCAAUCGCCCGGCUGUAAUACUUAAAAAAUGCACACGGAACGCGCAACUAUAAAUAGGUGACAAACAUUUAUUCACCUGUUAAGCCACUCAUUGGAAACGACGAUAACAAGUUUUAUGCUUGAAUAUUAUGUCUAUGAUUUCUGCGCAAGAGUUUACAAAUAGCCGUUGUAGUAGGUAUUCCUUUCUGUAUUUGAACAUUCUCAUUGUAUAUCGUAAAUGAUUCCAUAUAUAUCGAGCUCACUUAAACCAAGCGUUUGCUGAGCUUUUGUGAUCGUCCUUUGUCCGCUUGUGAUUGCUAUUAUUUUCUCAAAAUUCACUGGAUAAAAUAUUUCAUUUUUAUGCACGGUCGGACCUAAGUUUUAGAAUUUUUAUGCACGAAAACGUCAUCAAAGUGCUUUAGCAACUGGCAGUAGCUCUAAAUCAACUACCAAGUUUCAGCCUCUACCUGACCGCAUCACACAUAUUCUGGACGUGUAAAACUAGUCCCAUAUUUACCUUUUAUAAUCUUGGUAUUGCGCGAGCGUGUGAGCAACUAAGGACUUCUGUUUUAAACAACAGAAACAAACAGCAACGGAUUCUAGAAUAAUUAUGAACGUUAUAUUCACAUUCGAAAUAUUCGGGAUCACUUCGCUCCAGGGUUAGGGUUAUGGUUGAAAUUGGCCCCAACCUGGAGCAAACUUGGUUUUACAUAGAGUUUUAUAGGGAAAACCUCUAAAAAUCUUCUUGACUCGAACCACAAUGCACUAAGCUUAGAUAUUUGGCAUGUAGCGUAGUGUUGUGGACCUCUACCAAUAUUGUUUAAAUCAUGACCAGUCUAUGCACAAAGAAAUGUUGAUUCUUUAGGUGUAUCGGUUGAAAUAUCACUCAAUAAGAACUAGCUAUCAGUUCUUUCAGUGCUUUGAUUUUCUUAUGCUCCCGUAGAAAGUUGAAAACUUGCUGGCGGUCCAAAUUUUUCAGUUCAGCUUCUGUCAGUAAAUCUCGUAGUUUGAAAGAAAGCUUAUAAUGAAGGUUGCUUGUUCCACGAUCUACUGACAUUAUCAGUUGAGCGUAAUUGCAGCCUAUAGUGACUGUAGAAUUAAAUUAUAGUUUCAUGCAAUAGCUUGUAAAUAGCAUGUUUUGUAUUUUUAUAGUUGAAUGUUUAUUUCAAAGAUACUCAAGUCUGGUGUUAUAGUUUCAUGACGUUUUGUUAUAGUUUUAUGACUUUAUUUCAUUUGUGUUACUUUAUUUGGAAUAAAACGCUAAUAAAAGUU